CGUUUUCGAUCGUUGGACAGGACGGAUCGUACGAUAGCGGAAGCACCGCGUACACCGCAUCCCGUGCAACGUACGCGAUAGCAAGGGCGGUCUAAUUCGAGCCGGGUGACGGUAAGCUUUUAACGGUAGCGUCGCUACCAUCACCACCAGCUACACCACCACCACCAGCAUCACCACCACCACCUCCGACGGCAACGAUAACCACCGGAACGACGAGUCUGGUGGCAGAGAGGCUGUUGCUCGCUCAGUCUCCUGAGCGCGUAGGCUCCCAAUACACCACCGACACUGCUCCUCUGACCCUUCAAGGCGCCCAGUCAUAGCAGAGGAUCAAAAAUGUCGGAGACGGAAGAUAUCCGAGCGAUAGUAGACGGCAAUGAUUUCCACAGUAUCGUCGAGGGAGAGAGCGGAAGAUCCAGCUCGGUGGACUAUUUAGACACCUACGAGGACAUCCCUAAGGAAACUACAAAGGAAUUCGCCGAGACUAAAGAGGAAGAUAUUAAGAAGAAAGAGGAAACGUUCGCAGAGAACGAGAGAAAAUCGAUCGAACUAGAGAAGAAAGAAGCCACGCGACCAGCGUGUUCGAGCAUAGAACAACCGGCGGCGAACGAAAACAACAAAUCCGUUGGACGGGAAGAGAGGACAGGUAGCACCGAUGGACGUAACGAGAACCUGCCAGCCGGUGAGUGGAAUUCGUUGCCGCUACUGGUAGAGAGUCUUCGUGCGGCGCUCGAACUCUCCCUAGGGAGCCGUCGCGACGACGAGACCUCUGCGUUGCCCGAGGAUUCCGGCAUCGACUCUGAGGAGGACUUCCGUAUACGUGGCUCGAUGGAACAAGCGCUGGGUGGUAACAGCAAAGAGCCAGAGCUUAAGAAGGACUUGAAGUUCCUCGAGGAUCUCUUAUUGUCCGACAUAGAGACAGCUUUGUCGCGUCUCAGAGAAACUUUAGAAAGAAUCGACGUGGCUGCUUUAGCUAGACACGGUGCGGCUUCUGAUCCUACCAGCAAGAUACAACUGCUACGUCUGGUGUCCAGUUUGUUGUCCAGACUGCAAGUGCCCGAAGAAGUACCGGAGAAGGUUACGGUUUUACCAUCUACCUCGUUGAGUCGCAGACGUCGUGGGACCAGGCACACGAUAGGAGUCUCUACCGAGGAAUUAGCUCGCGCGAGGAAGUGGUUAGAGGAAGAAAGGAACGGUUACCAACGAGACGAUGUGUUGACAAUCGCGAGGGAACAGAAAGACUUAACGUCCCCUUGUAACGUGGCUGUGAAAUCAGAGGAGAUCCGCGACAAGUGUAUCAAAGACGCCAUCAAUCAGCGUCAAUUGUUAGAGGACAAAAAUAAGGAGAUCAGAGAUAAUUGUGCGUACCGUGGGAUCCAACAGCUGGAGCCUGGGAUCGAUAAGGUUACAGGAGAGUCUGAUAUGUACCAACCUCCGUACAGGACAAACGGUAAUUAUAAAGAGAACGAGAAUAACAGCGAGGAUAACGAGGAAAGGUCUCGAGUGAGCAAACUAGCCGCUGCGCUCAGACAACGCGCCGAAUUGGCUACUUCCGGUGUUGGUAAGUACGGGAAUAAUAAAUUCAUUGUGAAGAAAUCGAAGAUCAAGCGUGCGAAUACUAUAGACAUACCGAGUUAUUUGAAGCUUCAAGAGAGUCUCGGUCACGAAAGCACCGGUUGCGUUUCCCUCCGGAGACCCAUCAACGUGGGCGACAAAGUCUCCUUCAAUUCCAUCAACGCUAUCGUACCUACUUUCCAACCGAAAACGGAGAACGACAGAAAAUUUCUGGCUCUGAUAAAUAAGAACAACGAGGCUCCAUCGAGCACGCCUGUGGUUCCCUUCAAAAUCAAUGGGAAAACAAUGGAUAUGUCGUCGUUGACUAACGAGAACUGGAACAGCAGGUUCUCCAACAUCAAAACGAGCUUCGAUAAAUCAGCUAUGCCCGAAGACAGAGGAAACAAGAUGUCUCUUAAGACUCGUGCGAAUAAAAUGUUUCCAGGUGCGUCUGAAAUGUGUUCCGACUCAAAUUCAAAUUACAGCGUCCCUAAGACAGACUCUACGAUCGGAUUUCGACACGCUCCAUCGUCCCCUUUCCGGAAAAUCGAGAAACCGUCUUCGGUGUCCACGUCGAAGGUGCCCCCGGCUUAUCACCGGCCAAAGAACGCUCCAGUUCCGACGAAUACAUUGAAAGAGAAAGCCAGAAUGAUGUUCGACCGAGAAAGCGCACAACCGUCUUCGAGAUCUACCAGAGCGGAAGUGGAUUCUCAGGAGAAGCAUGGAUUUCCUCGUCCACCAUGGCUGGAUCAUGAAAACAGAGCAAACGGUACGGUCACGGAGAAUGGAAAGUUAGAUUAUCGUUCUUUUUGCAAGCAGUUCGCUCCGUUCGUUGGUAAAUCUUCGUCAACGGACUCGAAGAAGAUGGAGCAACGCGAGAAGAUUCCUGGAGUGGUGGACGGUAAGAUUUCCUUCAAAAUCCCGGACAAACACGUACAAGUUCAUCGAUAUUCACCGAAGCGUAGGGAGUCGAAAGAGAAGUUCGAACCGAUAAGAGGUGCCAUGGUAAAACUUCAAGAGCGUGGACGCGAAGAGAUGGAACGAUCCAAGACGAAGAAUUUCACGGAUACCACGUUGCGUGGCAGUUCUUCGGUGGCUGUGCAGACUGGAAUAAACGACGAGCACCAGGACGAGGGACGUUCUUUCAGAGUGGUCCCAAGGAUCUCCAAAGGUACGAACUUGGUCUAUAACAACGUUUCCGUCCAGACUUCAGGAGACUUGGAAAGGCCAAAGAUAUCGGUCAGUGACACCGAGACUGGAAAGCAAUGGAAACCUGGCCACUAUGAACACUCUGAUUCAGAUCAGACCUACGAGGAUCGUCAAAGAUUCAUUUUAGAUCAUAAUCAAAAUUAUCACACCCUGUCCAGUGACCCUGAGAUCAAUGGCCCGAUGAUGUCUGGCAACGCGCGUCAGGUUGCAGGUGAACAGAUCCUCGCGGACCCAGUGCCCUUCCAAGAUUACCAGAAACCAACUGAAGAUCCUGAGACCCGUGAGUACCCAUCCUCCUUUGUCUCUCCUAAUUUAUACGACUACAAUCAACCAGACGACGCUCUGGACGCGCAUGAUCAAAAGGCAACAGACUGGCCUAACGAAGCUUCCACUUUCCCAGACGACGAAAACAUUCAGAACCAGGAUAUCAGCCCUGAAGUGGGAAUCGUGACGAGAUACACCUGCGCUAUAGCUACAGUCGCAUCCUCUGUGGACAGUCCCGAGCCUCGUUCCGAGGAAGUGGCGGUGGAUACAUCCUCGUCCCCGUCUCCUUCACAGUGGUCCUGCUCCAGAUCCAGACCACCUACCAACGAGAACACCACGCCUGAAGACGAGAUUCGUCGGCACAACUUGUUGCAGCAGAGUCUCGUUCGUCGACUGCAGAACGAAGUGACAUCCUUGAACGAGCCACCAGCUCGUUAUCAGACCUCGAGUUACGCUCAGCAUUUGACAGUGAAUCAAUCUAAGAGCUUCAAUCAUCCUGCAGGUCAGAGUCAUCAACGAAGCUUCGACCAACCAGCGAACUUUGAUCAACCUGCUGGCUCUCAAGGAGCAAACAGAUACGGUCAAUUCCUAGCGCCUGUUCCUCAAAAGAAGCCAGAACCUCCUGCAACGCAUUCACCGGCUCCAAUGACCGUGAACAGAGUGAUUGCUCUCAGGGAAGCCUACGAGCAGACACCCAACAGCACCCAACCGAAACCUCUUCAGAAAGAACGCUCUCCGAUAGCAAACGGUGCGACUCACAUCGACUCCAGCGACGAGUAUCUAGUCUCUUGUGCUACUAAACCAUCAAGAUCCAUCGUCCUCUCGAAAUCAGAGUCCUGGCACCAGUUAGCCCUGUCCAACAGUCAGUCUCGCGCGACUAGGACGAACGUUCAAGCGUCGGUCUCUACGUUCUCACACGCUGCUCAUCCUAAACCACCGAAGCCGAGGUCGCCAUCCUCUCAGAAAUUGAGAUCCAAGCAAUUCGAAGCUUCCUCCAUGGCGGACAGCGUGAAGAAGAUGGAGGAUAAAAUCAGGCAGUACUUCGAUCAACCAGACCCUGUGGAACAUAGAGAUACUUUGAGAAACAGACGUUCACCGAGAUUAGCGAGCAAAGGAAUGGUUGGACUGUCCCGCAGUCGCACCAUGCCUGGAUUGUCCGAUGAAAAGCUACGUCUAUCGAUCCCGGCUACUCAACAGGCACCUCUGUUGAACGUUAACACCGCGGACGUUGAUAAAGUGUUCGACGACCUGUUCGAGGAAGCCACGAGGACCGACAGCCAGUGCUGAUCGAACUGGAUGCUUCUUCGUCUACGCGUUACACUCGACACGGUGCGUAAUCAGGAAAUUCGUCGUGUCGAGUUUCUUUGGCUGAGACUGAUUCCAGGCCAGGUUGCUGAAAGACUGUUCGAAUAAUUUCUCGUCGCUGAUCACUGCGUCCUAAUGGUUCGACGGUACCACGUUUUUCUUUUCUUUAUCAUAGCUUUAUCGUACGCACGAAGUGGAAAGAACGACGAGAGAAACAACCUAGGAAGAUCAAUCGAAGUAUCGCCGUUGCGACAGACUCGGAAGAUCUG